AUGCGAGUGACUAAGGGCUGUGCUCGCUGUCGCCAUCGCCAUGUUCGCUGCGUGGUUCCUGUCGGCGCCUCCUCAUGCUCUUACUGCGCACGCUUAGGCCAGCCAUGCCAUCUGGAACCGCGCUUCAAGUUCCGCCCUGUCCGCCAUAUAUAUCAGCAGUGUGAUAGUGCUCCCACCCGCUACGACCUUGUCUGGGAUGCCCAGCAGGUCUGGGUUGGUGUCUCCAGGCCAGUCACUUUUGUUCCGGAGACCGACGGCUUCACGCAUGAACCACCUGAACCGGAGGAGAAGGACCAGGAGCCCGAGUUAUCAUAUCCAUCCCCAGAUGAACCUAUCCAACUGAUAGCCCCAAAUGCGGCUGUGUCUGUCCCUAGUGAUAUCUUUUUAGAUAGUACCCCCAGCCCUGGACCAGUCGAUGCCUCGACACUAUCCCUACGAGAGGCAUUCUUGAUCCGCUCCUAUAUUCAAAAAAUCGCAGCCGUGGCGGAUAUCUGUGACCCCCAGUCUCACUUCAGCACCGAGGUGCCGCGCCGAGCUCUUGAGGAGCCAAUGCUUCUAAAAGCUCUCCUAGCACUCGCUUCCAGACACGAUGCUAUAUUGACAAAUAACAGCGACUGCGAAGCGUCAGCCUUUCAUGGGGAAUGCCUGGAACUGCUUAUCGUCGCCCUCAAUCAGCCGCAGGAGAACUAUGAUGAAAAUCUCCUUAUCACCGUAGUGGUGCUUCGGUUCUACGAAGAGCUGGAAAGGAGUACCGAUGGGAAAUACCACCUCCUUGGAUCUAAUCGUCUGCUGAACCUUAUGUCUCGAUCAGCGUCGUCUGGGGGAUUGGCCGAGGCCGUGAGCUGGCAGUUCCUGCGCCAGGCCAUCUACUCAUCUAUAGUUCAGUGCGAGCCAAUGCAGCUGGAUAUGCAGAAUUAUGAGCGAUCCUCGGUCUUCCACCGCGACGAUGACGCGGCCUACGCCAACGUCAUUAUCUUUUUAUGUGCAUGCAUCAUUCAACAAUGCUGCACCGCGCCAGGAUACGCCAUUGACCGGAAAAGCUGGCAGCGCUUGGCACACUCUGUGGAGGAGUGGCAUCGCAACAAGCCGAGGAUUUGGCACCCACUGCGCUAUGAAGCCCCUGACCUGUCCGCAGAUCGACCCUUUCCUGAACUAUGGAUUAUGUCGCCCCCGGCCGUGGUCGGUUUACAGUAUUACCACGCUUCUAGCAUAUUCCUCACCUUGUCUGACGCACCACCGCAGCAGCUGACGGACUAUGAAAUAUCCCGAGCUCGACUAAUUGCAGAAGUCUGUUUUCAACGUCACCCCCCUAGAAAGAUAGCCAGUCACGUAGUUACGGCCAUUGGACUAUCAUUAUCCAAUGAAAGCGUUCAAAGUAGCUAUUUCAUUGCCUCGCAUCUCCUUCAUCGUUUUGGAUAUUGUCUGCGACAGCCCGCCGAACAGCGGGGAGCACUGAAGUUUCUGUCUCGUGUAGAGAAGAACCUCGGGUGGCGCACCUCGUGGAUUGGGCAAGAAUUGGAGCGCCAGUGGAGUGAGUUGGCGGUCGUUGGCUCCAAGGUUGAUUGA